UCGAAAUGGGCAAUAGCAUUAUUAUUUUUUUUUUGCCUUUCACACAGACGGCAUUGUUACCCACUGACCGUACCAUGCCAGUUGUCCAGAGACUGCCAGUGAACAGAAUGUCUACAUCAUAUUGCUGGUGUCAUCUGUAGUGGUUUGUCUUUGUUGUUGGUAUACAUUUUGUCUCCUGUCUGUGGGGACCUACUGCCUACUAUUUGAGACCUGACGUUUUAACCCCUGCCGUUAUCUGCGAUAGAGCUGCGCCUUGGACGAAUACGUUGACAAUGGUCGAACCGGUGGGGUUUAUCGAAGCGUGGAAAGCGCAGUUCCCCGAAUCGGAACCCCCCAAAAUGGAGCUGCGGUCCGUGGGAGGCAUUGAACAGGAGCUGGAGAAAUGCAAAGCCUCGAUCAGACGGUUGGAGCAGGAGGUGAAUAAGGAGCGCUUCCGCAUGAUCUACCUGCAGACUCUUCUUGCAAAGGAGAGGAAGAGCUAUGACCGCCAGCGGUGGGGCUUCAGGAAGACACCGCUGAAUGAAGGAGUGGACCCCGCCACCGUACAGGGGGCUGACUGCCAGUCACAGCAGCCACACAUGCAGGAGAGUAGCGGUUGUGUUGGGGGUGGUGGAGAGAGAAGCCGCUUCCAGCUGGUCGGGGAAGCCAGCAGGUCCAAACCACGGCCUCCUCCGGCGAGGAAGUCGGCUUCCCAUGGAGAUGGCCUAGAGCUGCAGUCUGCGUUUGAAGUCCCUCAGCAGGCUGAGUCAACAUCUUGUGACAACCUGGACGGGCUUUCACCCUCUAAACAGAGAGGCGGUAUCUCCAUAUCCCCCCGCAGGCCAAGCCAGCCACCCCCAGACAAGGAGCUCCCUUGUGACCCCAAGGACAAAGUUGGCAUGGGACUCGGGGUAGCGGCGCUCAGGUCUAACUUUGAGAGGAUCAAACGGGCCAACUCUCACUCUGCAGGUGAUGUAGCGAAGGGCCAGGAAAAACAGCAGCAACCCCCACCUCCAUUUUACACCAACAUGGAAUUCCACCAUGAGAGAGGUCUGGUUAGGGUCAAUGACCGUGAAGUCUCUGACAAGAUCAGCUCCCUUGGUAGCCAGGCUAUGCAGAUGGAGCGAAAGAGGUCCCUCCAUUCCCUUCCAGGCAACCUGGCUACAGUGGCUGGGGAACUGCGUGCCAGGCCGGUCUAUAGAGGACGAUCCACUGAAAGCACCUGUGGUUAUGACGCUGAGUAUGAAGAUGGAGACCCUAACCAACGGCACCCUGCCAGGGCCAACGGGGGUAAACCACCUCCCCCUCCUUGGCAACCCUCUGACUUCCAGGCCUACUCUAGUGUCUACAUAGGUGGUGUGAUGAUGGGUGAAGGUGGUGGAGGGGAAGGCAGGGGAAGUGGUGUCGGUGGAAGUGGUGGCGUUACGAUGAGAGAUCACGGGGGAGGGGAUGACCACCUCUUGACAUGGCCACGCCGCUCCUACUCCCCAGGGAGCUUUGAGGAUGUAGGGGGAGGUGGUGGCUACACUCCAGACUGCAGCUCCAAUGAGAACCUGACAUCCAGUGAGGAGGACUUCUCUUCGGGCCAGUCCAGCCACGUGUCCCCAAGCCCCACCACAGCCUUCCGGCGGCCCUUCAGGGAGAAGAGCCGCUCACCAUCCCAGAACUCCCAGAACUCCCAGCACUCUUUUGACAGCAGCAGCCCUCCGACACCACAGUCCCAGAAGCGCCACCAUCGGCAGCAGGGUGGCCAUGUGGUCAUGUCUGAAGCCACCAUUGUCAGCGUUCGCAAGACUGGUCAAAUCUGGCCUCCUGCUUCUCACCAUGACCCCACAUCCCACGGAAGAGCGUCCCACGACAACAGCUUCCAUGGAGACCACCUGGAUGGGCAUUUUACGGGAACCCCUCCUACGUACGGCUACGAUGCAGACCGGGCAGAGGAGCAGAGGAGGCAUCAUGACAUCCUGCCAUACAUCGAUGACUCACCCUCCUCCUCGCCACACCUCAGCUCCAAGAGCCGCAGCAGCCGGGACACCCUAUCAUCUGGAUCUCUGGAGUCCUCCAAGUCGUGCGCUCCCACACUCCACUUGACCUGCACUCUUAGCUUGGAUGUGAUUACUCUCUUGCACUCCAUGAUGCCAGAUGGUGACAUUCAACUAUACCUGCUGAUCGCAGACUCUCCUUAUGUAGCAGUAUAUAAUCACCUUAAGCCCCACAAAGACAUCUUCAAGAAGUCACUGUUGUCUGGCCCCAUGCCCAUCCAGAGAAUGGGUCUUCGACUCCAGUGGUAUAAGAACAAGAAAGGAAGGGACAAGGAUCUGGAGGGAGCUUUCUCAGAGCACUCCAGAUACGUAGGGCCUAGAGUGUGUCUCCAUGCUUAG